AUGAUAGCCUUAGGCUACUUCUGGUUGGCAUAUGGCUGCCUCAUGGCUAGAACAGCCAUGAUACCUCGUGCUCCUACUACUUCGACCAUUGCCAAGCCGGAGCCUAUUCUGGCAUCCGAGCCCACAACCUUCACUGCUAAGGCUGCCCGUCAGAACUCCAACGGGGACGAAGAAGCCGCCUUGCACGCACUCGAAGCCGCAACCUUCGCCGCUCAAAAGGACCGGUACCCUGGCGACAUAUACAACGAGUAUACCUACAGCACGUGCUUGGGUGUUUGCGCUGAUGACCACGCCGGGGACCCUACGCCCAUAUCGAUCCAAUCAUCCAUUGGCAACACUACUUUGGAGGAGGUCCGAUUUUUCCAAUGCAACGGAGCGUACAGGAGCUGCCAUGAAGAUUGUCUGAAGAGGCACAAGAAGCUCAUGGGAGAGUGGCCCCCUGCCAACAACCGGCACACCCCUGUCAUGACCUCUAAUACUCUUCGCAACUGCAUGACAACGGCCAACGCGGUUGCCCAAAUGGAUCGAGGAUUUGUUUCAGCUUCCGCGGGUAUGACAAAGGAAGAGUUCGAAGAAUUCAACACCGUAGGAAUGUGCAAUCUACCACUCUUCGAUGACACUAUCAUCUGUCUAGGCAAGUUCCAAAGGGAGAAGAAAGUCUGGGAAACUGAGCACGGCGCUUGA